AUGAACACAUCAAUAAGUGCUGAUGUUGGUGCAGUGUUUGGCUCUGCAGGAUUUUUGGAUUUCUAUGUUGAUGGAGAACUUUGUUGGGGAAUUGAGCUGACUCAUGAGGGCACUUGUUUAAAAGAACAUGCAAAACAAUUUGAAGAAGGUGGCAAGUAUGCUGAUAUCCCAUUAAAACAAUGGGCUGUUCUUGAUUUUCAACAUUAUUCAAAAAAAGUAAAAAAACUUGUCCCAAAUUUCUGGUAUGUAUUCUACUCAGAUGAUUACAAAAGUGUUGCUAUAAAGCGUGAUAAGUUGGAUGAUAUAACACUUUAUUUGCAAGAAAUAAAUCUGGAAGAAAAUGUUUCGAAAACAUUGCAACAUUUAGGUUUUGCAACAACAGGAAUAAAACAAACAGUUGGCUCUACAUAUGGAGGAAAUUAUAAAUUGAAUUGGAUUCAACCUCCUAGGAAUGUUUUAGUAGUAAAAAAACCAAUGACUAAAGCCACAACUGAAGCUUUGAUGGGAAUAGUAAUGUGGUUAAAUAAAAGGUAUCCAAGUAUCAAUGUUAUACUUGAGCCUGAUGUAGCAAAAGAUUUUGAAAAGGAAUUGCCAUUUGUAUAUGUUAUACCUCCAGGAAGGAAAGAUGAAUAUACAAGAGCUGUAGAUUUUGUUGUUACAUUAGAUAUAAAAGAUUACCAAACAGCAUUAAAUGAUGUGAUUAGAGGUGAUGUGUCGUUAUUGUUACGUAUGAGACUUGCUUGUUCAGUAUGGGCUAAAAAUGGAACAAGAAUCAAAAGAACCAGUGGAUUAGAAAUUGGUGAUAUGCAAGCAAUGAAUGAAGUAAAUUUACAUCGAGGACGGUAUCCACAUUUAACUAAUAUCGAAUGCUUUGUUGAUGGACAAUACUUGACUAACGCUGUUGCAGAUGGAUUGAUCGUUGCUACACCAACUGGUUCAACUGCAUAUUCUUUAUCAGCUGCAUAUUGCUAUUAUUUAGGUGGACCGAUAAUACAUCCUUCGGUACAAAAUAUUUUACUAACGCCAAUAUGUCCAAGAUCUUUAUCUUUUAGAACUAUAAUAUUACCACCAACAUCCAAAAUUCAAAUGAGGAUAGGAGAAGAAAGUAGAGCACCAACUGAGGUGACUGUAGACGCCACAGAAAUUUGUUUGUUAAAUAAUAGAGAAUAUUUGGAAGUGCAAAUGUCUCCAUAUCCAAUACCUUCUAUAAAUCGUGUUAAUGAAGGUGUAGAUUGGGCAAAGGAUAUUAAUGAGUUGUUAAAAUGGAAUCAAAAUUUUGUCCACAAAUAA